AUGCUACAUGUAUUUAGGAAAUCCUUUGGAGUGAGUUGUAGGCGGUUGCCAUAUGUUUUUGGGGAGUUGAACCAGUUGGCAUCGAUUCCACGCAGAACAUUUGUUACCUCAGGUGCAGUAUUCGAUGAGCCAAAGGAUACUAAAGCAAAAGAAAAGCAGCCAAAUAACCAGCACCAACAGGCUCAGUCAAUUUUGAACGAUGAUAUGUUGGCUAGAGCAGGUGUUGAAGUUGAAGGAAGUAAGGAAUUUGGAAAGCAAUGGACAAGCGGUAGCGAAAGCGAGACUACUUCUGGAGAGACGGUUAGUGGUAGUGGAAAGAAAAGGAGACAUAGAAAGACAUCUACGGAAGUCAAGCGAGAGAAGUAUGCCAAUUUGUUUUAUAUAUUUUCAUUUGCUGGUUUACUAGGCACUGGGCUGUAUAUGGCUAGAGACUGGGAAGCGGAGGAGCCUGAAGAUCUAAAGAAAGGAGUUGGUAAUGGUUACACACCGUCGUUGAUGUACCAAAGAUUUAAGUCACGUUUUGAUUCGAUAUUUACAUUCUUUCAAGAACCUCCAUUUCCAGAUUUAUUGCCACCUCCACCACCUCCGCCAUACCAAAGACCUUUGACUCUAGUUUUGCCACUAGAGGAUUUCUUGAUUCACUCCGAAUGGAGCCAGAAGAAUGGGUGGAGGACCGCUAAAAGGCCUGGCGCAGACUACUUUUUGGGUUAUCUAUCUCAAUAUUACGAAAUUGUGUUGUUCUCGUCUAAUUACAUGAUGCACUCUGAAAAAAUUGCUGAAAAGUUGGACCCUAUCCACGCGUUUAUCACGUACAAUCUAUUCAAGGAACAUUGUGUCUACAAGGAUGGUAUCCAUAUCAAGGAUUUAUCCCACCUAAAUCGUGAUUUAGGCAAGACUAUUAUAAUCGAUACAGACGCCAACGCUUUCAAAUUGCAACCUGAAAAUGCAAUUCAUGCUGAGCCCUGGGAUGGUAAGGCAGAUCAUGAAUUAUUAACGUAUAUUCCAUUUUUGGAAUACCUUGUUACUCAACCAACAGAAGAUAUCAGACCCAUUUUGAACAGUUUUAGUGAUAGAAAGAAUAUUCCACUGGAAUUUUCUAAACGUGUGGACAAGCUAAGAGAUAAAUUUAAUAAAGAACAGAGUAAUAGGGCGAAUGAAGGAUGGCUAUUGAAGUUGUUAGGUAUUGGUAUUACAAGCAAACAGUCUAAGUUCCCAUUGGAUCUCAUCAGAGAUGAAGGAGAGAAAAAUUAUGUUCGUUUUAUGAAGAUAGUCGAGGAGGAAAAGGAAAAACUGAAGCUACAGCAAGAGAAGAUGGGUGCUGCCACAUUUACCCUAAAGGAUUACGUUGAAGGAAACAUUCCUUCUCCAGAGGAGCAAAUGAAAAUUCAGUUAGAGAAGCAGAAGGAAUUCGAAGAAAUGUAUGAGCGUGAAAAAUUGAAGAAGAAGCAGCAGCAGCAGCAGCAGCAGGUGUAG